GUGGAGGGUGCACGGUUUCGCUUUCGGUCACACAGUAGAAAAAGUUAGCGAAUAUUUUUAUACACGACAUUUUCAAAUGGCAACCCCAAAGCGGCUGAAACCAGUAGACAAUAGAAGUUGUGGCUUUAAGGUUCGCCGUUGGUGCCGAAGCCGACGCUGCCAGCUCUGGAGGCUUCUCCUAUUGCCCUUUAUACCCAUCCUAGCUCUGAUAGUACAGACUACACUAUCCUUGAGGAACAGUCUCACCAAUGGAAUGGAGGUUGCUGAUGUUGAAGAACAGGUCAGCCGAGCGACGGAGUUGGGAAAACUGGUCACCAGACUGCAGCAAGAAAGAUCAGAAGUGGCUUUCUUCAUAUUCACCAAUGGGAGUACGCUUAGGUCAAAUUUAACGCAACGCUUUGCCAGCACCGACAGCGCUAUAGAGCAGAUGGGUGACCUCCCUUUCCUAAUGUUCAAAAACCGAGCAGUUCCUGUGGACGGAGAAGCAUUUCUUGAAGAGCUGUCUGAUUUAAGGGCGAAAAUCGAUCUUGGUACUUCAAUGACAGAAGUGGUGGAGUGGUACACGAACGCGAACGCUGCCUUGCUGACACACCUGACUAAGGAGAUUAAAGAUACGGAUAGCAGCACAAUAUGGAGGUAUCUCGUUGGAUUCAAGAAUCUUCUACGCAGCAUUGAAUGUAAGGGAAUUGCAUCUGUGCUCGGCAUAAAUUAUUUCGCACGCGGUUACCUUCAACCGAGAGCUCAUAUAAGGUACAUAAGCCAUAUGGUACUGGGUCGAGAUCUUCUGGACAAUACCCUAAAUUUGGUACCAUCACUGAUACCACUGCACAUGGACAUCAAGGAGGAUAGUCCAGAAUACCAAGUUUUGGAGAAGAAAAACCAGCAGAUAGUGGAUAAUAAGCCACAAGGGGGCAGCGUGAGCGAGGCGAUAGAAUAUUUCGACCAGACCGCAACACUUCUUGGGAAGCUGAGAGCUGUCCAGAAACAGCUGCGAGAAUAUAUAAGAGAGGGCGUAACAGAAAGCCUUCGAGAGGCGCGAAGGAGUGAGGCGGUGUGCGCUGGCAUCCUGGUUCUAGUCUGCGUAGUCUCACCCAUCAUCAUUGCAUUGGUGCGGAAUGCGGUUAACACAAUUCAGGUGUACGCCCGUAAUCUAUCCGAAAAGGCCAGGGAACUGGAGUACGAAAAGGAAUUGAGUGAUUCGUUGCUCUACCAAAUGUUACCGGCAAGCGUUGCAAAGCAAUUAAAACAAACUCAACAGGUACCGGCUGAGUUCUUCGCCUCGGUGACUGUCUACUUUAGUGACAUCGUCGGGUUUACGGCCAUCGCGGCUGUAUCCACGCCAUAUCAGGUGAUUAGCUUCUUGAACUCCGUGUACAAACUGUUUGAUGAACGAAUCGAAUGCUACGACGUUUACAAGAUUGAAACUAUUGGAGACUCCUACAUGGUGGCCUCAGGAUUGCCUGUCAGAAAUGGUAACAAACACGCGACAGAAAUUGCAAGUAUGGCACUUGAAUUACUGGAAGCCACGUCAAUGUGCCGACUGCCGCACCGGCCCGAUCAGACACUCUGUAUGCGAAGUGGUAUCCACACCGGUCCAUGUGUAGCUGGCAUCGUUGGCACCAAGAUGCCACGAUACUGCCUCUUCGGGGAUACAAUCAACACUGCCAGCAGGAUGGAGAGCACGGGAGAACCGAUGAGGAUUCAAAUAUCAGAAGACGUAAAACGAGCUCUAGACAAGACUGGACUUUUUAUUACGGCGCCAAGAGGUGUAGUUGAUGUCAAGGGGAAAGGCGAAAUGACGACUUAUUGGCUGGAAGGUCGGAACGGACCAUCGCCGGUGAGACCGACUGCAUCCCUGGACUGCACGCCCAGCUUCCUCACCAGGAUCCACUCCAAGGGCCGGAAUUCCCCACGAUACCAGGCCGACAUAAAAAAUCACUGA